UGUCACAGGUCCGAGUUGUAAUGUUUCCUGAUUUCUCUGAUUCCCUUCAUCAUCAGGAAUAAAGACAGUCAAGACAAAACAUGGCCGACAGCUCGAGUCCCAAAAGAAACUCUGGGGACUUUGCUAAGAAAGUCCAGAGACGACUGAGCAGAGGCAAAGAAAAGGUUCUGCAGAAGCUGGGAAAGGCUGCGGAGACCAGAGAUGAUCAGUUUGAACAUGAUCACCAGAUGUUUAGUGACCAGCAGGCUGAUGGGAACCGGAUACACAAAGACCUGAGGAGCUACAUUAACGCAGUCAGAGACAUGCGUGAAGCAUCGAGGCGUCUUUCCCAGUCUCUGUUUGAUGCCUAUGAAAACGAGUGGGCUGGAGAGGAAGACUUGGGCUCCAUUGUAGAGGGGGAGGAUCUCCUGUGGAACGACUACGAGGUGAAGCUGCUGGACCAGGCCGUGCGCACCAUGGAGUCCUACGUGGGCCAGUUCCCAGAUGUCAAGGAAAAAGUUGGCAAGAGGGGAAGAAAACUGGUCGACUACGACUCUUCCCGUCACCACCUGGAGGCACUGCAGGCUGCAAAGAAGAGGGAUGACGUCAAGAUAAACAAGGCAGAGGAGGAGCUGAUUUAUGCCAAAAGUGUCUAUGAAGGCUUCAACAAUGAGCUAAAGGAAGAGAUGCCUGUGCUCUACGACAGCCGUGUUGGAUGCUACGUGGCUGUCUUCUCUGCCGUGUCAAAUUUACGAGACAUCUUCUAUAAGGAAAUGAGCACGCUCAAUAUUGAUCUGCAGAAUGUGAUAAAGGAUCUGCAGGCUCAGCAUCCAGACAAAGUGUUUGCUGUGAAGGGGAUACAGCGUUACGGCUCCUUGAGGAGACGAACCCUGAUCUCCCCGAAGGCCUGGAAAGCCAGUUUUUCUGAGUUUCACAAGAGCUACACUCCUAAACCUGGGCAGAGGUUUGGUCUCAGGUCCCCAGACAAACCUCGCCGCAGCACUUUGACCAGAGAGGGCAGCACCCUGUCCAGAGAGGGCAGCACCCUGUCCAGAGAGGGCAGCAUCCUCACUGUCACCCCACUACUGCCAUCUCUGGAAAACCCUGACGCUGAGUCCGGGGACCUGGACGCCGAAUCAAGCCUCAGUGAGAGCCAGACUUCUCCUGCAAAGGAACAGAAGUCAGGAGAAGACAGCAAUCAAGCGGAGAAGGAGAAGGGAGAGAAAGAAGUCAAGUCUGAGCUGGAGCCUCCUGCAGAAUCUGAUGUUAAAGGAGAUGGUGAGGAAGCUCCAGCGAGUGACAGCAGCUCAGAACUGAACAACUCCUGUGAUUCUGAGAGCCUGGAGCUGCAGCUGUCGGCUGCUGACAACGGCCCGCUGCACAUUGAAGAAAGAGAAGACAGCCCAGUGACCCUCAACACUCUGAAAUCAAAUGGACUGGAGAACCGGGAAGUUUCUGGGCUCAACUCUGACACCAAGGACCCGGGCUUUCCUCACAAGGACGCUGCUGCAGAUACAAAGACGUCCCAUGAUCCCAAAAGCACAGAGGUUUAAAGUUUCCACACUUUGAUAUGAGGAAAGCACAGAGGAGCUAAAAGUCAACAGCUGCACAAGAGGAAAAAUGUGGAAACAGCUGCAUUGAAACGUCCAACGAGCGUCAUGACUGAUGUUCUGUGCAAAACUUGUUGCUUUUAGAUUUUUUAUUUAUCUUUUAUUGAAAUCAGUUGUGAAUACAUUUGGUUUUACUGUAAUUACCCUUAAAAGAUUUGUUGUAUAUGCACCCAUUGCAUUAUAUCCUGUGCUAACAGGUACAGGUAGUUUGUCUAAUAUUUCAAAGAUAAAUGUACUAUUAGAUUUAUAUUGUUAGAAUUUUCUGUUUCAGUUUGACUUAGAGGUUUGAUUCUUCCUACUCACUCCCAAUGGGAAUCCAUCAAUUAUCCUGUUUAUUUAAUUAUUUGAUGCACAUUUAAAGCUAAGAUAUAUGUGAAUUAACGUGUUCUCAAAACUGAAUAAAUGAACCUUUUGAUUA